GAUACGUCCUCUGCCUCGCUCUGCUCAGUGCUCACUCGGUCACUCCGCUUUCCCUCGCGCCGAUACCACCACCACCACCGCGGCCGCCGCUACCACUGGUCGCGCCGUCGCUCUCGUCCUCUGCAGCCACAACACCCUUCCCCAAUCCUCUUGUCCUCCUUCCUCGCGCUUGCCCGCGACCACACUCCGCCGCCAGGCAGAGCUCGCUCCUAUCCACCUGGAUAGAGCACAUCCUGUUCGAUGAAAUGCCCAGCUCGCAGUCGUCCCUUUUUUCUCCAGUCGCACCCGCAGCUGCACACAUGAUACAUGCGUGCGUGUCGUUCCAGUAGAAGUUGGCAUUGCUACUUUCUCCACAGAUUCAGUUUUUCCUCUCAGUUGGGUAUAAGGAUUCUGUCUGUUAGCACACAAGCGAGAUGGCAUCCAAGCUAUUCAGUCCAAAAAAUCUGCGCAUCUUCUCCCCGAGGCCGCACAUGCUGGAUGAGGCGUUCUGUUACGGGCCGUUUAACCGUAGUAUGCAGAGGAGGUGGAAGAAGCCGGUGGACUCAGCACGGACCCGCCUGGAGGGCAGAACAAGGGACCAUAGGCUGGACAAGCUGAUGCUCCAACUCAAGAACCUGAGGCUCGCCUUGGAUUUGCAUGCCGUGAUAUCCCAGCAGAGGAACGGCUACGCGUCCCUCCAGCUCCUUCUGAGGUGGAGGCGUGAGAUCGGUCUCAACACCGAGAUCGGCGCUUUCCUCAAGAAAUACCCCCACAUUUUCGAGAUUUACGUGCACCCUGUCAAAAGGAACCAUUGCUGCAGGAUCACCCGAAAGAUGGCUGAUUUGGUCGCGGAAGAAGACGCUGUCCUCAGGGAAAAUGAGCCGGCCGUGGUUCAGCGGCUCAAGAAACUUCUCAUGAUGUCUACCGAUGGAACUCUCAAUAUGCAUGCGUUAUGGCUCAUAAGGAAGGAGCUUGGCCUGCCCGAUGACUACAGGUCUUCUAUGCUGCCAAACCAUCAGUCUGAUUUUUCUCUUGAAACCCCUGAUACCCUGACUUUGAUCAGUCGUAGGGAUGAGAAUCUGGCUGUUGCUAGUGUCGAAGAAUGGAGGGACAAGGAGUAUACAGAAAAAUGGUUAGCGGAAUAUGAGACCAAAUAUGCUUUUCCAGUAAACUUCCCUACAGGCUUUAAGAUUGAGAAAGGUUUUAGGGAAAAGCUUAAGAAUUGGCAGAGGCUUCCCUACACCAAACCUUACGAGAAGAAUGAUUUGCAUCCAAUCACCAACGCUGAGAGGCUUGAGAAACGUAUUGUUGGUAUUCUUCAUGAACUCUUAAGCUCGACAGUCGAAAAGAUGGUGCCACUUGAGAGGUUGUCACAUUUCAGGAGACCAUUUUCGAUGGAGGUAAACUUGCGGGAACUUCUUCUUAAGCACCCUGGCAUUUUCUACAUCUCGACUAAAGGAAGCACACAAACUGUGCUUCUUAGGGAGAGUUAUAAUAAAGGAUGUUUGCUUGAGCCAAACCCUGUUUAUAGCGUGCGAAGGAAAAUGCUAGAUCUGAUUUUGGCUGGAUGUCGUGGCAUUGUUCAAACUGAAAAUGCCAUCUAGCUUGUUGAGGAGGAUAGCCAGGGAAGCAGUCAGAAUCACACAUGCCAGGUGGAUAACAUGAAUUCCAUGUCAGAGUCUGAAAGUGACUCCUCUGUAGAGCCAUUUUCUUGAGGAGUCUUGCUGUGGCACGGGCGAGAUUAGGAUUCGAUGAAAUGAUGCAGUAAUGGGAGAACCUGAAGCGUUCAGCAGACAACAAACAAGCUUGUAUAUUUAUCGCAGAUACUGUGGACGAAAUUAGCGCCUGUGCGCAAUCCAUUGACACAUUUUUCUGUAACAGCAACCCACUUCUUCAAACUGAUCAUGGAUUUCUUCUUGGUUGUAAAUUUAUCGCAGAUACUGUGGAGUGUGGACGUUUGCUUCUUUCACCAUCUCGCAGCAGGUUCUUCCUAGGCUUGGGUUAACUGGAUCCCGGCCUUUGUGGACAGCGUCUAUUGCGCUGUAGUAGUGUUUCUCUGCUCUUGAAGAAGGGGCAUGGCUGUAGAGAGUAGAGACUAGUGGGCAGAAUAUGCAUACCACUUGAGGACUUGUCAUCUUGUUGUGAAUGAUGCUCCUGUUCUUUUCUAUUGCAAACUUGCAUGUUCUUGCUACUCAUUAUUCAGUAUUCACUGAUUUGGACAUUUGUAAUCUCAAGUGUUCUGGCUGAGAUCAACAAUAUCUCACAUUUGUGAACAUUGAACAAUAUUUACUUUGAACAGGCUGGACUAGGACACACCUUGAUUCAAUUUUGGAUGUGCCAUUUGACCGGGUUUUGUUGUUUCGUGUGAUAUUUCAUUGACUGUGAAAGUUGCAGCACACGCAGGGUUGGUGAGCAGGGUACAGGGGGUUGAAAAGAAAUUAGAUGCUGCCACCUUGCUGGACAGCGACCGCCCCUGUUUAAAGCUGACCUGAUCCUCAAUAUUCUUGAAAUGUCACAAUCAAGCGUCGCCAUGCGGCUCUAUGUUCAUUGAUGAGUCUCAAGCUCAGAACUACUGCGUUGGACAAGAUGCAUCUCUCAGCUUGUGGACUUUUAAUCUAUUUCAGGUAACAAAGUCCAAUUAGUAGUCCCUUUCUUCUGCAAUAUAUCGUUUUUACAAGUCUCAAACCUGCAUGCAGAUAAGAAGUAUGACAACCGUGGUUACUAGUGGAUUUAGCGAAGACAACGGGAGUCUUGCUGUGACUUGCACAAAAUAGUAAUCGAUGAAAUAAUGCAGUAAUGGGAGAAUCAGAUUUUCCUUCUUGUAUUCAUAUGCAUGGCUUUUCUAGGAUAAUGCAUCCUUUCCACUGAAGUUUCUUUCUUUGAGGCUAUUCAACGAAGUUCGUUGCUGACAGAAAAGUGCACUAGAUAGACUACUUAAUUUCUUGUAGUGUUUUUUUGUAAAAUUUAAAUGCUGCAUAUGUUGUAGCUGCCAUUCAUGCUGAAUAAAAAAAAUUGGUGACUAUUUUUAGCUGAUUUCAUUUCCUGCUUUCUUCUUCUGCUGCAGCUUAUUAUAAACGUCUUCUAAUUUACUUUAUUCAAGUAUAUCUAUCUGGUAGAGUUCUAGUUUAAAGACACUGGUAAAAGUACAGUGUGAACAUGGUAACAGAGACAAAAAGAAGGAAGCGGAUAACACCCACUUUUAUGUUACUAUUUACAUUGAUAAAACUAAGGUUCAGUCUUGUUAGAGUACGUAAUGGGCCUAAUGGGCCCGUUAGUCUUAGGGUUAAUUAGAGAUAAGAGUCGCUUUCUUAGGGGUCAAGUAAGCCUUGCUUGGGAGUCAAGUAAACCUCUCUAUAUAAAGAGAGGAGAUGUAUCAAUCUAAUCAAGCAAGAAUUAAGAAGGAAA